ACAAAUACCCCCCUUUUGAGUCUCUAGCUCCCCAUCAAAUUACAUAUCUUCAUAGACAUUCUCUCUUCGAUCUUUUUGUUUUCACGAUUAAUUCAUCUUCUUUUUUUCUUUUUUUACAAUUUGAAGAUGACUAUCUCUGUCCAAAACCCUGUUUUUGAAUACGAGGACUCUACGACGAAUAAAAAGAUCGGAGAGUUACAAUUGGACAGCGGAAUUCCAAUGUCGAAGAUAUCAUCCGAUGAUGAAGUGUUUUUGGCUCCUGAGAUGAAUGCAUUUGGUCGUCAGUUCAGAGACUACGCUGAUGCAAAAAGCGAGAGGCAGAAGGGAGUCGAACAUUUCUAUAAAACACAACACACUAAUCAAACUGUAGAUUUUGUGAAGAAAAUGAGAAGCGAGUAUGGCAAAUUGGACAAGAUGGUGAUGAACAUUUGGGAAUGUUGUGAACUCCUUAACGAAGUGGUGGACGAGAGUGAUCCUGACCUUGACGAACCACAAAUUCAACAUUUGCUUCAAUCUGCGGAAGCAAUCCGUAAAGAUUACCCUAACGAAGAUUGGCUCCAUCUCACUGCUCUUAUCCAUGAUCUUGGGAAGGUUCUGACUCUUCCACAGUUUGGAGAGCUUCCUCAAUGGGCAGUUGUUGGUGACACAUUCCCUGUUGGAUGUGCAUUCGAUGAAUCUAACGUACACCACAAGUACUUUAUGGAAAACCUUGAUAUUAACAACCCAAAGUACAACACCAAAGCUGGGAUCUAUUCAGAAGGAUGUGGACUAGAAAAUGUUAAUAUGUCAUGGGGACAUGAUGACUACAUGUAUAUGGUAGCCAAGGAGAAUGGAAGCACCUUGCCAUCUGCGGGACUGUUCAUUAUUCGAUACCAUUCCUUUUAUCCAUUGCACACGGCUGGAGCUUACACUCACCUUAUGAAUGAAGAAGAUAAGGAAAACCUCAAAUGGCUCCAUGUUUUCAACAAGUACGAUUUAUACAGCAAGAGCAAAGUACACGUCGAUGUUGAGAAGGUUAAGCCGUAUUAUAUGUCUCUUAUCAAGAAAUAUUUCCCGGAAAAUCUGAGGUGGUGAUGAUGCACCAUCAAUGGCGCUUGAUUGAUUAAUAGUCGAUUAAGCAGGACCUGGAAAGCAUUAUUUGCCCAGCUGAUAAAGUUAUAUUAUUACAUUAGCAUUAGCUAAUGUUGAAAUCAACUAUAUUGUAUUAUGUCUGUCCUAUUAUUAAUAUAUAAAAAAAAAAGUAUUUUAUCACCUUAUCUUAUGUUUUAAAACUUCCGAGGUGUAUCGUUUCUUCAAUAAAACCAGCAAAAGAAUGAA